CACGUGGGGCAGCAGAAGAGUCUGGAACAAAAGCAGCUCAAUCCAGGAUGAUGCCCAGACUGAGACUGUCACCAUCACCAUGGACAGGCUGCAGGCACAGGACUCUGGUGUGUACUGGUGUGCACUCUACAACCCCUCUCAACGCCCUGCAUUCACCCGGAUAAUGGAGGUCAGGCUCUCUGUGGACAAGAGUCUCCCAGCCCGAACACCUGAAGCUGAGAUGAGCCAACGGGAAGGAAGCACGUUCUCUAUCGAGUGCCCUUAUGCAACACAGCCUGGCGACAAGCAACCGAAAGCCUGGUGCCGUGUAAGAAAUGCACGAUGCGAACUUGUAGUGUGGACACUUGCCUCAACGCAGUACAGAUACUCAGACAAGGCCAGGCAGGGCCAUAUUACAAUACAGGAUGACAACAGAACCGUGUCCAUCACCAUGUCUCACCUCCAGGCAGAAGACUCAGGCAUAUAUUCCUGUGUGUACAGCAGCAACUACGUUCCACUAAAGACCAUCUCGCUGAAUGUUUACAAGGGUGAGUACUAUUUUUUCCCACACAAACUCACAUCCUGUCAGAGGACAACACUGCUGCUGCCCCGCUCCAUCCUCCUGGGACGUGGCUUCAAGCUGGAGAAGGCAAAAGAGAAAACCCCUUUGUAG